UCCUCUGAGCUGCGCGGCUCACAGGCUCCGGGACUAGAGACGGAUUACAUGCUGUAGGUCUCCGUGGACUCUUUAACACCUUUCCAGGGGCAUGGGGUAUGUUGUGUGUGAUUACAUUAUGCCACAUACAGAGUUGGUUCUUCGGCAAAUAAGGUUUGUGUGCGAGUAACGCGUGCUACUGGGGAAGGAAGCUCACUUCGUUCUCUGCAUGCAGCCACAACGGACUGAAGAGGGUCGCGGUCUGUAGUCUACAUCUCAGCGUGUGGACUAUUGAACACACGCUGCAUGUCUUGACACGACUUGGGGGCAAAGGUGCUUCCCACUGUGAACUCGGCACACCCACUGUGAAACCCCCUCUGACGCCCACUGAGAGGUCUGAAACAACCUUUGAAGGCCUCAGGUCAACUGCGGGCUGAGAGAGAUGGAGACAUGUGCCAUGCUUGUGGCAGCUCUGCUGCUCCCCAGCAUCCAAGCAGUGUGUCCAGAUAAGGAGCCAGGUCUGCAGCCAUGGAUGCCGGGACACAGUGAGGACCACCGUGUUACAAUUGGUUAUGGCAGGAAAGUCCUGCUCACAACUUCAGCUACGGUCCACUCCAUUGAAAUUCUCAGUGGAGGAAAGCUGGUGAUUGCUGACAACAACCGGGCCAUACUGCUUCGAACUAAGCACAUACUGAUUGGGAACAAAGGGGAGCUGCACAUUGGAAGCCGAGACUGUCCUUAUAAAGGCAACCUCACCAUCUCCCUUUUUGGAAGAUUGGAUGACAGUGAUAAGGAACACUACUACUUUGGGAGGAAGUACAUUGGCGUUGGGACAGGAGGGACACUAGAGAUCUACGGAGAAAAGAAGCUGUCAUGGACAUUGCUCAACAAGACUCUCCACCCCGGAGAGAGCAACCAAAACAACUAUCUCUUCCAGAGAAGCUGGGGGAGCAGAGGCAUCAUUAUCCACGUCAUCGACCCCAAAAACGGAGAGGUGUUGCACGAUGACAGGUUUGACACAUAUCGUAGUAAGGAUGAGAGUCGUCGGCUUGCAAAGUAUGUGGACGGUGUGGAGGCAGGGCUCAUAUUGGCCAUGGUGGUUAAUGACGAGGGCUCCAACAACUUGGAGGAUUUGGCCAAGAAGAGCCUGUCCAGGCUGGGCAGCCGGCACAUCAACAGUCUGGGCUUUCGGAAUCCCUGGACCUUUAUAGUUACAAAAGGAGACACUUCUUCUGUUGUGGAGGGUCACACUUUCUAUCAAGGGACCAAGGCCUCCUCAGUGGCCUGGAGCACUGAUGUUUUUCAGUCGAAUUAUGGGGAGCAUUUCACCAUCACCACCAGCAGCCAGUGGGUGCAAGAGGCAGAGUGGACAGAAUGGUUUGACAGGGAUGAUGAGAGGGGAUCUGGAGACUGGGAGAAAGUGUCCGACCUACACAAGGCCUACCCAGACAGACUGUGUAGCAGUCCACUUGACAUCCAGGCUGAAACCCAUGAUGGGAUACCAGCCAACCAGACCGGAGAUGUGAUUCACAAAAUUGACAAGGACUACGGCUUUGUCUGCCUCAACAAGGACCAGGCUCAUGGACUCUGUCGCAACUACAGGGUCCGAUUCCUCUGUGGAAAGCUGGUUCGUCCGCAGGCAUCCAUUUCCAUCAACAUAUUGUCCAACACCAGCAUCCUGGAGCUGGCCGACCAACCAGAGGGUUGGCGGUCCGAGGAUCGGGUAGUGGUUGCCAGUACCGACUACUCUAUGCACCAGGCUGAAGAGUUCACCCUCUUGCCCUGCUCUACCUGCACUUCCAACCAGGUCAAGGUCCAAGGUAAGGCCAAGUUUAUCCACAUGGGUGAGGAAGUGGACGGGGUGGACAUGAGGGCGGAGGUGGGGUUGCUGAGCCGCAACAUCCUUCUCCGUGGUGAGAUGGAGCCCGGCUGCUAUGGCAACGAGGCCUGCAAAUUCUUCGACUUUGACACUUUCGGUGGACAUGUGAAGGUGGAGCGUGGCUUCAGGGCAGUUCAUAUAUCUGGGGUGGAGCUGCAGCACAUGGGUCAACAAACAAUGGGACACUAUCCGGUCCAUUUCCAUAUGAACGGAGACGUGGACGAGAGGGGAGGCUAUGACCCCCCAACUGCUGUCAGCGAUCUAUCCAUCCACCACUCUUUCUCCCGCUGUGUAACCAUACACAGCUCCAACGGACUGAUGGUAAAGAAUGUGGUGGGCUAUGACACGCUGGGCCACUGUUUCUUCACGGAGGAUGGUCCAGAAGAGAGGAACACGUUUGAUCACUGUUUGGGUCUGAUGGUGCGAGCUGGAACCCUGCUCCCUUCAGACAGAGACAGCAAAAUGUGCCGUGACAUCACUGAAGGAGCCUACCCAGGAUAUGUGGCCAACCCACGGCAAGACUGCAGCGCAACUUCAACUUUCUGGAUCGCCAACCCCAAUAACAACCUCAUCAACUGUGCUGCUGCAGGCUCAGAGGAAACAGGUUUCUGGUUCAUCUUCCACCAUGUGCCCACAGGCCCAUCAGAGGGGCUGUACUCCCCUGGACACACUGAACACACACCUAUGGGCCUAUUCACCAACAACAGAGCCCAUUCCAACUACAGGGCUGGAAUGAUCCUUGAUAAUGGAGUAAAGACCACCCAGGCAAACGACAAGGACAAGAGACCCUUCCUGUCUCUGAUUGGAGCCAGAUAUGGCCCCCACCAGGAUGCUGACCCCUUCAAACCCAGAGUCCCUGCUCUAAUACACCAUUUCAUAGCCUAUAAGAACCAGGACCACGGAGCCUGGCUGAGAGGAGGGGAUGUCUGGCUGGAUGACUGCCAAUUUGCUGAUAAUGGCAUUGGCCUUACUCUGGCGAGUGGAGGGACGUUUCCAGAUGAUGACGGCUCUCGUCAGCAGGUGAAAAACUCCCUGUUUGUGGGUGAAAGUGACAAUCGCGGGAUGCCCCUCCCUGACAACAGGAUCUGGGGCCCUGGGGGUUCUGACCUCAGUGGCAGAACCCUGCCACGUGGCAUUGAUUUUCCUAUCCGGGGCAUGCAGAUCUACGAUGGGCCCAUCAACAUGCAGAAUUGUACAUUUCGGAAAUACACAGCGCUGGAUGGACGGCACACCAGUGCUUUUGGCUUCAGGCUCAACAACUCGUGGCAGAGCUGCCCCAACAAUAACGUCACUGACAUCAUCUUUGACAACGUACCUAUCACGUCUCGGGUGUUUUUUGGGGAACCAGGUCCCUGGUUUAAUAAGAUGCAAAUGGACGGGGACAAGACUACAAUCUUCCACGAUAUUGACGGCUCAGUCAGCGAGUAUCCCGGAGCCUUCCUGGUUAAAGAGGACAACUGGCUGUUGCGUCAUCCCGACUGCAUUGACGUACCUGAUUGGAAUGCUGCUAUCUGCAGCGGUCACUAUGCACAGAUCUACGUCCAGACGCGUAACCCUGCCAACCUGAACAUGCACAUAGUGAGGGAUGAGUACCCUGAGAGGCCCCUGACACUAGAGGGCGCACUGGGGAAGAAGAAACACUACCAGCAGUUCCAGCCGGUGAUCACACUGGCCAAAGGCUACACCAUCCACUGGGACCAGGCGGCGCCUGCUGAAGUCACCAUCUGGCUCAUCAACUUUAACAAGAAUAACUGGAUCAACGUGGGCCUCUGCUACCCACAAGGCACCACCUUCACCGUCAUCUCCGAUAUCCACAACCGCCUAACCAAGCAGACCCGCAAGACCGGCGUCUUCAUGAGGACAACACAGAGGGAGAAGAUCAACCACUCCCACCUGGCCAGAGGAUACUACUACUGGGAAGAAGACACCCGCCUGCUCUUCUUGAAGAUAAAGGCCCAUAAUGAGAGGGAACAGUUUGCGUUCUGCUCUGUCAAGGGUUGUGAGAGGGUGAAGAUCACUGCUGUUAUCCCUAAAGGCAGUCUCCCCAGCAACUGCAUGGCCCAGGCCUAUCCCAAACACGCUGAGCUGCCUGUCGUGGAUGUACCCAUGCCCAGAAAGAUACCCAACAUCAGGCUGCACUCACAACACUUCCUGGAAGUCAAACUGGAGUCUUACAACACUCGAUUCUUCCACAUCAAGGAGGACUUUGCCUUUACUGAGGUGAACGGCAGGAAAUUGUACCAACCAGAAGAUGGGGUGCAGCUGACAGUAAUUGACGGGCAUGAUGGGAAGUUGGUGGAGAACAAAAGCUUCAGGAACUCCAUCUUACAGGGCAUUCCUGCACAGAUAGACAAUUACGUCAGUGGACUGAGAGACGGAUCCAUCAUCCUCAUUACGUCCAAGGGCCGUCUUCUUACCAGAGGAUCCUGGACUAAAGUCCUAGAAAGACUUGGAGCAGACAAAAGCAUCAAAUUAAAAGAUAAACUGGCUUUUGUGGGCUUCAAGGGCACCUUCCACCCUGAUUGGAUCCGUCUGGAGGUAGACGCAGACCGAGCCAAGAUCCAUCAGGUCCUGCCUAUCCCUGUCAUCCACAAGAUGAAGCUAUGAGAGUGGGGAGGACAGCCAAGAGACUAUGUAGCCCCCAGCAGAUAAUGAACAUAUUACCACCCCCAUCCAACACCCCUCAAAAAUACACAUAUACACUGCCAGCACUGCAGAGUCAAUUGCUCCAAGCCAUUGUCCAGGAUCAGUUUUUCUUGGUUUGGGCGGUGAGAAAGAAUGAUUUGGUGUAUUGAAAAGGGUUAGACCUCUCCCAGAGCCAGCACUGCCCACAAUGAACUGUAUCUACGUAAGUAGAGGGCUUUAAAGUGACAACACACCCUCUGGCGGCCAUAUUGGAGGUCCUCAGCUCUAAGGCAAAAUUGGCUAAGGAACGUGGCUGUCUCCAUUAGACAUAAUAGACAUGAUUGAUAUUGGUUCUGUUUCUGAAUGAAAACAUCACUAAUAUAAUUGUUAUGUUUACAUAAUGUAAGCUUGUCAACUAAAGUAAAGCUACCAUACAUGACAACAUAUGUUGCAUGCACCAUCAAACAUGAUUAUUCAUCUGACAUGGAUAUUCCGUAGGAUUGUUAGUUCUCUAACAAAUCCAAAAACAUUAACUUACUCCUCUAAAGCUGCACCUUCUAAAGUUUUGGCAUAGAAACAUAUACUGUCCUCUAGCGGGUCUACCCCAGCACUCUGACAUCUACAGCAAAAAUGUUGAUUCCCUUUGGUGUCACUGUUGGAUGACACUGUGAAAGUGCUGUUUGAUGACUUUGUUAAGGUCGAGCUAGUUCAUACAAUGUGUCGUACGAACAAGUCUAAAGGCAAAAUUAAUCAGACUUGAAGGCAGGGUGCAGUUAUUCAGAAGGGUGACAUGCGAUAAUUGUGUAAAUGGGGAUAACGGCACACACUUUUGGCCACUCUCUUUUGAAAGGAAUUCAUGGUCUUGAAACAAACAGAACUGUGUGUAGAAUGAAAAGGUCUCACCCCUAGUAAAUCACUGGUUCGAGUAGGCGUGAUUAUUGGCUUCGGAAAGUUACAAAAAUUGUCAGCAUGGGGGUAGGAAGUUUCAGACACUGUUUGACCAUCAAACUUCUUUUGAAGAAUACUAAUGACGCUGUGUUACGAUGCUGUUAGACGAUGGAAGUAGUUGGGUGAAGAAUAAUAAAAGAAAACUUGAGAGAAAGAUUAGGAGUAAUUUAUAGAAGUUCUCCACAGUAAUGGGUGUUUUACAUUUCAAAUAUAGGAAGACAUGGGCAAGUUAAGGGUAUAUUUGCUCAAUGAGAGGUGAGAGUGUAGUGACCAUUAAGGAGUAAAGGAGCAAAAUAAGCUAGAUGCCCCUUCCCCAGCCACAUUCUUCAGCUCUUACUAGUAGUCCCAUAACUUUCACAGGCCAGAUAGGAUACAUAAACCUUCCAGCAUGUUCUGGUUAUGUUCUGGGGUCCCCUGUCCUGUUGGCCAAAAUGCCUCCAGAUCAGAUGUCUGAACUAGCUCAAUUGUCUUAUUUCAAGAACCCUCAUGGACAGAUAGAGCAAAUUCACUUAAAAAUAGGGAAGGCUGUAACCAUUAUAGAGCAAUGUACAACCAAGUGUUUAUUUUUUUAGUUUUUGCACAGACUUUGGACACUGAGGCUCUCCUUGGUUACCAUGUGAGAUGCAAAAACAGUCUUAGGAAGGUUUUCCAACCAAUAGCGAUGUCUGCUACAAAUCUACGCCGAACGUCACAGAACUGGAAUUAUAAAUUACUCUAACCUCCUACCAAUGACAAUUAUACGCAAGUCUUUUGUAUUAGCACAAAACAUGAUGCCACCCAGAUUAAGUUAUAAUUGUUAUAUCUGCAAAAUAUUCUGUACCAGAGCUUUUCAGUUGGAUAGUUCUUCAAUAUAUGUGUUUAGCAACAACACAUAAAUUAGGUACAACAUUAUUAUAAAAGAGGAAAACUGUGGUCAUGGUCAUGGAUGGAUUACUGAACGGGCAUAGCAGGCACAGACCCAGGGUCCCAAGUGGUCAGGGUGCAGCAAAAUAGCAAUAAAGACAGGCAAAAUUACCACAUAGAGAUUCAAAGCAGCUGCAAAGAGACAAAUAAUUGCUACAAACAUCUUCUCUGUGUCGCUUUUUUUUGUCUCUGAGAGUUCUGCUUUACCUGCAAAAUGGUACUGAGACAUUAAAUCACUACAAAUGAUGCAGCUGUUUGUUAUAGUUAUUUUGUAUCUUUUUCAGUUCGGGUGUCUUCCUAUGUUGGUGGGUAGAAAGCCUUUACCUGUCUGUUUCCAGGGGCACAGCUGCAGUGGUGGAAUAUAAAGUACAUUUUCUAGGUCUUUGUACUUUAGUUAGUACUCCCAUUCUCUAAUACUUUAUAAUUCUACUCCACUGCAAAUAUUGAACCUUUUACUCCACUACUUUUAUUUGAUAACUUUAGUUACCUUGCAGACUCAGAUUUAAAAUACAAAAUCUAACCAAUAAAUUAUUUAUUUAUUAUCAUAGGUAAAGAUACAACUUUAUUGAUGAAAUUCAGCAAUUAAGUAGCAUGUAGUGUUAAAAAAGCUCCACCUUUACCAGCUGCAACAUUAAAAUAAUGAAUCAAUAAUUAUUAUCCAAUAAUACAUAAUAAUACAACAUAUUGUUCUGAAAUGGGUCAUUGUGCAUAAUAAUUUUAAUAAUAAUUUAUUAAUUUAAUAAUUUAAUAAUUUUAAGCAAUAAAAGUUCAGUCUCUAAAUCAAAAAGGAGUUUCACUGGGACUCACCUUUCCAAGCAGCUUUAGUCCAGUUUGGUCCAGACAAAGUUCAUUUGACAGCUUUCACACCACUGCAGAAAACAGGCAAAUGCACCAGUGUUUGAACUAUUAGCAUUCUCUAAUAAUUAUUUGUUUACACUACUUCCUGCAUUGACACUGAACAUUAGAAAGAAACAUAACUGCUAAAUUACAAAGAGUUGUGCAUUAUUGAGGUUUGUAGGAGACGAUAAUCUACAAUAAAAAACUUAAAUAUUUGAUUAUUCACUUUUAUGUUGAUCAUACAACAACAAUUAUUUCCAACAGUCUCUUUUUCCAGCCUGGUUGUUUGAUAUUUAUAUAACUAUGGGCGAUUCUACAAUGGACAGUCAGCUACAGUUGCUAGGGUAUUUUUGAUGCAAAUGCGACCUGUAUAUGAGCAGAGGAAGCAAAUAUUAAGAAAGUUUGAGCUUGCUAAUCAAACGCAUGUAUAAUGUAUGUAUAUUAUGUUUGCCGGCUUUGUUUGACAAAACUGUUUAAAGAGAGAAAAAGAAGAAGAAGGAUAAACAUCCUUUGUUUUGCAUCCAGACCAGUGGUUGUUAGCUUGCUUUUCAUUCCAUGCACUGGCUCACUUGAUAUUGUGAAGUUUUUCAGCAAUGUUUUUUUUUUCAUAUCCAUUUGUGCUUUUGAUGUAAACCAGCAAGAAGCCCAUAACAAUAUAAAAGGGAAUGUUUAAAUGUGCAAUUUCCCCAUUUCAAAAUAACUAAGAAAUCUUAGUUUCAAUCUGGCAAAAAAAAGGAUUCCCCUCCCCAUGCCGAAAUAGCCGGUCUUUUUUUCGGAGGUUGUAGCGGUAAUUUAGUGUUUUGUAUGUUUAAUGUGUUUUUUUAAAAUUCACAGAUUGCUAAGAGUUAUAUUUUAUACUUAUUUAUUGUACAGACACAGUGUAUCCAAAUCUACAAGGGUCAUCUUUUGAGUUGUAAUGUUGUUAUUGUCCUGUAUGUAUACUGUAUGUAAGAAACCAUUAUAGCUCCAUUUAAAAAGAUUUUUGCCAGAAACUCGCAUACAUACAAUACUUGCAUAUUACAUUGGUAUAGUUGGCUUGUUUUGAACUGUAGACCAAAUGGAUGUGUUGUAUGUGGCUUGGUAUGUAAAGUAAUGACGCUCAAUGACUUUGAAUUUCUUUGAGAACUUUUGUACAGAAAUAAAUAAUAAUGACCG